CAGGAGCGUCUGCUGCUGAUGCUGCGUCGUGUGAUUGGAGCGAAAGUUAUUUGUUUGGUUGCGUCAGACUCAGAGUCAGAUAGGUAGAGAAAGAGAUGCAAGUACUUCCUGAGGCGUGAGACUCGCAAGAGAUGAUGGAUAUUGCGGAGCGUUGCCCCGCGAUGACCCAGCAACAGAGGUGACGGCGCGACCUAAACAGGCGGCCGCGCCUGCCCCAGCUACGCUCUCUUUGGCGCCACGUUGGUUAUGGCAGCGGACGGAGGCGCGGCGCAACUGGCUCGCGGUCUAUCUAGACAAGACAGCGGCCGCCCCUUGUGUCGUCGGUGUGCGGGCGGAACAACAGCUGGACGCGCUGGGCCAUUUGCUGGGAGGCACGGAUGGCUCAGUCAGUGGAGAUACGUCCGACGGGAAGCUGGCGGAGGCGAGCGGCACGAGCCGAAGAGAGGCUGGCUGGCGAGCAGAGAACUCAGGCCCCCCCUGGGGGCGCCAUGAUUUUGAUUGUGCCCGGCCGGCCGGCGGCGCCGUCCAUCCUGCCGCCCGCCCCGGCUCUCGGCGAUAUCUGCUUUCCGGUGCGGGAGAGUUUCCAACCCUCGGGGCCCGGAUCCCAGUAAUCAGCUCGUCGAAUAGUGAAAGUAAUUUUGUAGGUUCGGAGUCAGAAUGGAAGGAGACGCAGGAUCGGUUUCGUGUCGGCAAUUUUGUGAGCAAAGUUGUGAACCGAUCUUCUUUUGCCGCCAUCGCCCCCCCCUGCCGCAUUUCGCGCGGCCGGUUUGGCGGCCGAGCCCAUGGCGCCGGGCGGUCCGCCGUGGCUGGCCUGUUUGUGUUUAUUUUCGAGCCGCCCCCCGUCUGCCUGGGCUAUGUAGCCCUUUGGCGCGGUUCGUGUGUGGUGUUGGUGCGCGGGCGUUGUGUGCCGGCUUUCAUUGCGCGGUCUGUGCGCUCAGCACGAGCGCUUACCGUGCAGCGGCCAGUGCCGCAGCCGGCCGGCGCCGCAUCUUGCUGUAG